AAAGAAAAGAAAAUAUGAAGCGGGGCCAGUGGUGAGUGGUGACGUGGCAGUAGUAGAGUGGGCGAUGAAGUGUGAUUGUGUGAACUUGCUGUUGAGGUACCUUGCGUUUCUGCAACGACCCCGCCUCUCUUCUUUUUCUUCUUCCUGCGAUAUUCGCGUUGUUGCUGUUCUUGUUGUUUCUGUUAAACAUGUCAAAUCGCCACACCAUCAUUCUAAUUCAGAGCUCUCACAACAGAGCAACCCGAACUUUCAUGGAUUUCGAAUCAGUCACUCAGGCCAUGGAUGGUAUAUGUGCAUUGUAUGAGAGGAAACUGAAGGAGUUAAAUCCAGCUAUUCGAAAUUUCUCUUAUGAUAUUGCAGAUCUCUACAACUUUAUGGAUGGUCUUGCAGACAUGAGUGCUCUUGUCUAUGAUCAUUCCAUUCACGCUUACAUGCCACAUGAUCGACAGUGGAUUAAGCAAAGAACAUUGCGACAUUUGAAGAAAUUUGCACAUUGAUUACUGAUAUGUGAUAUCCUUUUUUCUUUCUUUUCUUCUGUUUAAAGCGACUAUUGUAAAGAUAUCAAGAAGUGCAGAACCAAGCUACCUUCAAUAGUUGGUGCUGGUGAAGUUGUAUACUUAAAUCACAAAUAUCAGAUUACCUAUAUUUUUUGGUUGCA